UCAUAGACAUAAAGAAUUAGAGAUGCUCUUAUUACUAUUUAACAAUUUGGAUUACCAGCUCCAAAGUAAUAGAAUAGUGUACAAAUAAAAGAUAGAGUGGGAAGUAGUCAUAUUCCGGGUUCGAACCACGAACAAGUAUCAUAUUCCGGGUUCGAACCACGAACAAGUAUCACUUGGAAGUUGGAACACCACCCCCCUUUUCUCCCUCCGGAUAUCUAUCUUCUCCGCACCCACAAAUUCCGAAAUGUGCACUUUGAAUCUGGGGCUUGCCGCCGCCGCCUUGGAUGGUUACAAACCGGCGUUCCAGAAGCAGAAGAGUUUGUGCUUUGGGACUGAGAAAUGUGCCGAUAUCUUGUUUGGGGGAUUGAAAUUAGGGUUCAGAAGUCCCGAGCACAGAAAAAGAUGUGUUUUUUCUCAGUUUAAAUCGGUGGCUGUUGCAGAUAGAACGGCAGAAAGUGCUGAAAUGUACGAUGCAAUCGUGAUAGGGUCGGGUAUUGGCGGGUUAGUCGCCGGGACUCAGUUGGCCGUGAAAGGAGCCAAGGUCUUGGUUCUGGAGAAGUAUGUGAUUCCCGGCGGGAGCUCCGGGUUUUACCAGAGAGAUGGUUUCACUUUUGACGUUGGGUCUUCUGUCAUGUUUGGACUCAGUGACAAGGGAAAUCUGAAUUUGAUUACUCAAGCAUUGGGAGCCGUGGGACGUAAGCUACAGGUGAUACCUGACCCAACAACCAUGCAUUAUCGCCUACCGAAUGACCUUUCUAUUCGAGUAUGUAGAGAAUAUGACGACUUCAUUGCAGAGCUCGUGAACAAAUUUCCACAUGAAAAGGAAGGAAUUCUCAAGUUUUAUAGUGAAUGUUGGAAGAUCUUCAAUGCUUUGAAUUCCAUGGAAUUAAAAUCAGCGGAGGAACCCCUUCUGCUCUUCAGACAAUUUUUUAAGAAGCCCCUCGAAUGCUUGACACUUGCUUUUUAUUUGCCCCAGAAUGCUGGCGACAUUGCUCGGAAGUUCAUAAAAGAUGCCCAGUUGCUCUCCUUUAUAGAUGCGGAGUGCUUCAUUAUCAGCACCGUGAAUGCUUUAAAAACACCAAUGAUCAAUGCAAGCAUGGUCCUAUGCGACAGGCAUUUUGGUGGAGUCAACUAUCCUGCUGGUGGAGUAGGAGAAAUUGCCAAGUCAUUGGCAGAGGGUUUGCAAAGCCAGGGUAGUCAAAUACUAUACAAGGCAAAUGUAACCAAUAUUAUUGUUGACAACGACAAAGCUGUGGGAGUGAAACUGUCGGAUGGGAGGAAUUUUUAUGCUAAAACCAUAAUAUCCAAUGCUACCAGAUGGGAUACCUUUGGGAAGCUUUUAAAGGAAGAGAAUCUGCCAAAGGAAGAAGAAAAUUUCCAGAAGAGAUAUGUUAAGGCACCUUCUUUUCUUUCUAUCCAUGUGGGUGUUAAAGCCGAUGUUCUACCAGCCAACACAGAUUGCCACCAUUUUAUACUUGAGGAUGAAUGGGAAAAUUUAGAAAAGCCUUAUGGAAGUAUAUUUUUGAGCAUUCCAACCGUGCUUGAUCCAUCAUUGGCACCAGAAGGGUGUCAUAUUCUUCAUAUAUUUACAGUUUCAAGCAUAGAGGACUGGGAGGGGCUCUCUCAGAAUAGUUACAAUGCAAAGAAGGAGCUUGUGGCCGACAGAAUCAUAAACAGGCUUGAAAAGACACUAUUUCAAGGCCUCAAAUCUUCCAUUGUUUUUAAGGAGGUAGGAACACCAAAGACACAUAGACGUUACCUUGCUCGUGAUAGUGGAACAUAUGGACCAAUGCCGCGCAAGGCUCCAAAGGGUUUGUUGGGGAUGCCAUUUAACACAACAGCUGUAAAUGGACUGUAUUGCGUUGGGGAUAGUUGUUUUCCAGGUCAAGGUGUCAUAGCCGUGGCCUUUUCUGGAGUAAUGUGUGCUCAUCGUGUUGCUGCCGAUCUAGGAUUUGAGAGGAAAUCCCCUGUGCUGGACAGUGCUUUUCUUGGGCUACUUGGUUGGCUACGAACAUUGGCAUGAUAACAUUGUACAUUUGUUCCGGUAUGAAUUAAACAUACAAUGAUAUAUUCACUUGCAAGUGGCAAUGUUUGAGCUCCCGGUAAAUCAACACGACACAUUAACUGUCCAUUGCUUCUCACUUUUUAUGAGGUUUUGGGGAACAAGUAUAGCAAUGCAUUGAUGGUCUAAUUACUCUUAUAGAGCGGCAAGUGUUUGUUUUGAGUAAGUUUCUAUACAUCUUGACCCCAAAACUCCAAUGAAAUAGGGAUUAUGUUGGGUUUGCUGAUAUUCUAAAUAUGCCUAUUAUGUAUCUAUAAAGGAUUUGGUUCAAG